AAGCCAACUUCUGUUAGAAUGAGCUUUUGGAGGACAAACAGCAGCCCGACGAGGUGCGAGAACACUGCUCGAGAAUAACAAUGAUGGGGGACACACGACCAGGCUUUGCAGCGAUGUAAUCAAAUAUAAACUGCGUUUUUAUGCUUUCCGGCUUUAACUAUACUUGCAAAGGUCGAUAAACUGGAGCGUGCUGAAGGAAGAAAGGGCAUUUUUUUCACUGACAGCUGGGGUCUGUGAAGGGGACACAGAAUGAGGUUCGCUCAGUGGCUGCUGAAAAGCGGCUCCGUGGCCGGGAUUCCCAAGCAGGUGGAGAGGUUUGCCAAGUUUUCUCCGUCUCCUUUGUCCAUGAAGCAGUUUCUGGACUUUGGCUCGGCCAACGCAUGUGAGAAGACGUCCUUCGUGUUCCUUCGUCAGGAGCUUCCUGUGAGACUGGCCAACAUUAUGAAGGAAAUUGAUUUCCUCCCUGACAAGCUCUUGAGCACCCCAUCCCUAAAACUCCUCACCAGCUGGUACUCACAGAGUUUGAUGGAGCUAGUAGAAUUUCUAGAAUAUGAUCCAGAUGAUAAAAAUGUCCUGUCAAACUUCACCCAGACUCUGGUCAACAUCCGUAACCGGCACAACAACGUCGUACCCACCAUGGCUCAGGGUGUGGUGGAGUACAAGGAGGCCUUCGGCGUGGACCCCGUUACCAACCAGAACGUCCAGUACUUCCUGGACCGCUUCUACAUGAGCCGAAUCUCCACACGCAUGCUCAUGAACCAGCACACAUUGAUCUUUGAUGGCAGUGUGAACCCAGCCCAUCCCAAACAUAUUGGCAGCAUCGACCCAAGCUGUGAUGUGGUGGAGGUAAUAAAAGACGCGUACGAGACGUCAAAGAUGCUGUGUGAGCAGUAUUACCUGACCUCUCCUGAUAUGGAGAUCACGGAAGUCAAUUCCAAAACCCCCGGCCAGGCUCUCCACAUUGUCUACGUGCCGUCCCACCUCUACCACAUGCUGUUUGAGCUCUUCAAGAACGCCAUGAGAGCCACAGUAGAGACCCAUGAGUCGAGUCCGACGCUGCCGCCGGUCAAAGUGCGGGUUUCACUUGGAGCCGAGGACCUCACUAUUAAGAUGUCUGACAAAGGAGGUGGGGUCCCUCUGAGGAAAAUUGAACGUCUCUUCAGCUACAUGUACUCCACAGCCCCCAGUCCAGUCCAAGUAGACAACUCCCGUAACGCCCCCCUGGCUGGCUUUGGUUACGGUCUACCCAUAUCUCGCCUGUAUGCAAAGUACUUCCAGGGAGACCUGCAGCUCUACUCCAUGGAGGGUUACGGCACGUCAGCCGUUAUUUACUUAAAGGCCUUGUCCUCAGAGUCAGUGGAGAGACUUCCUGUUUUCAACAAGUCAGCCCUACGACAUUACCAGGCCAGCAUCGAGGCAGACGACUGGUGCUUACCCAGCAGGGAUCCAAAGAAGCUGGGCAAGUAUGAGAGGACUCACUGAUGGUGCGUCGAGGGGGGAAUCGAGGGCACUUUGGAAGUGUGUGAAAGCAGAAUAUUAGAAUUCAUAUAAGUAGGGUUCAUGUUGGAGCAAUAGGAUAAAGCUGUGCUGAAAGAGGGAAUUAAGAUAUUUAGAUGCUGUCAGCAUGUGGCUGGUGGCGAACCAGCGCGUGUAUUUGGAAUCUGGAUUGUUUAGAAACACAAUAGAGACUUUCAUCAUCGUUGGUUUCAAAGAACUGAACUAAUGCUUCCAGCUUUGGAAUAAACUCAGCAUAAGCCCACCCCUGAUAAUGCUAUGAUCUGCUAGUUUAAAGUGCUGCUAAUGGUAACAGAACAAGUAUUAAUAUUCUCGGUAGCUGUUUGUAUUGAUUUCCUGGAAAUUUCAGUCAGCUUCAGGCUAUAGUUGAGUUCAGUGCCUUGACAAACCAAAGCCAUCUCCAGUCACACAUGUAAAAGAAAGGGAGCAAAGGCAGCUCCUCUUGGCUCACACUCAUGGAACAAUUCAAAAACACUAGGAAGUUAUUUUAAUGUUGUAUAGUGUCAAACCUUAGGGCCUGAAAAGCUUUUGCUUCAGUGUCAAUCCCACACUUUUAUUGUUUUUAUUGAGUUAUUGUUAUUGAGAUAACAAACAUUUCAUCCUUGAAGUUUAAUUGUUGUGAAUAUGUUUGAUGAGUCUUGAGUUACAUGGGGGAAAAUUGAGGAAUUCUAACAAUUUAUCACCUUACAUAUUUGAAGUUGAUGUAUUAUGUAUAUACACCCAGCGUGAACUGUAAUGAUCAAAUUACUGUACUGUAUACCGUGUAUCAAAGUGAGUGAGAUGACAAAUGAAGUGCAGGGAACUGUAUUUCAGUUUUAUGUUACACAACAUGCUGUAGAACAUCACGCUCAGAUUAUGAGGGCGCUGUCAGUGUUUGAUAAGCAGCAAACACAAACAGCCUCCCACCGAAAGUAUUACACCAAGUCAGUUGUUUUUCUGCACACUGUAACUCAAGAAGGAGAAGGAGACAAAUGUUCAGAAUGACGUCUUUUAUUGUGAUUUACACCUCGAUAUAUUAAACAACAGAACAUUGCACCUUUGGAUCUGAAAUCAGUUUUUCAAAUAAAGUAAAGUCUAAACUGAUAAACAACAGCAGGCAAGAUGCUUCACUGCACCAGUGCUUGCUUUCUUUUUCCGACAUUCCAUAUCAAUGUACAGUCUGCUGCACAGAUUGUGUAAAACAUACUGCAGAACUAUUAAGAACCAGAACCAGGUUGUUGGCACAAAGGCUGAAAUGUUCCAGUGUUGUUUAACAUAUGUGGGUAAAUACAGGAGCCAUUCUGAACCAGCAGUGUACAUGAAAACAGCUACUGUGCCUCAGUGAUGCAACACAUCUGAGAACAAGACAGCUGCUGAGACAACAUCCUUUCAACCAUUCUAAACCAAUCAUAAUUUCACACUUAACGAUUUAUAUUUGAGACCUCACUGUUUUAUGAUUGCAAUGAUAGUAUUUCACCCUUUUACGUUUUGUGAUUUGCGAGCUCACAGAGGUUUCAAUGCUUUUUAUGCUUUGCAAAUGUUUCUCUCUAAGGCCAAGUGUUACUGUACUGAUGUCAUGGUUCACCACUAAAGGACCAGUGAAUGUAGGAAAUAAAACUCUCUCACCUCCCAGUGA